AUGCCAUGUUGUGCAGAUACCAUAGUGAGAAUUAAGCACGUUAGACAAACCGUAAAGAAAAAAUUAGAAGUGGUAUGGGCUAUCGGUGUUUAUCCUGUAGGGAUUGAGGAUCGUGAGGUCGAAUUGAUUUUAUUUCUAUCAAGUAAUUUGGGAGAGAGGGAUCCAGAUACACAUGCGCUCUUUGAGAAAGACGAAUAUUUUUCUGUUAGUGGUAAAAUAGUGCCCGAAACUUAUAAAAGUAAUUUAAGGCCAAGGAUGACAGUUUCGACUUCUACGCAUGUUAAGAUUCUUAAAGUUUCUGACUUGAAUAAAUGUCUUUUGAAAGUAUCGUUGGCUGGAAUGGUUGAAAAAGCAUCUGAUGAAUUUGGAGAUGAUGAGAAUGCUGUCAUCGAAGUUUUAGUAACAGAUUAUAUGUGUCGAGAUUAUAACUUUAUUAUUAAAGUAGUUUUUCCGCAUUUAAGUCCACAGUUUAAAAGUCUCAUGAGCAUUGUUCGUCCGGGAGAAUCAAUAGUUUUUGUUGUGGGCCAGAUGGAAUUUAUAGAACACGAAUUGUACGUGUAUGCUCAUGAUAUUAAUUGCAUAGAUACUCAUUUUAUUAAGAAGAGAGAAAUCGAAAUCGACAGUGAACAAUCGAUGAAAUCAACUCGAUCAAGACUAUUGACUAUUCAUAAAAGUAUAUCUAAGCGUGUAAAAGUCGAAGUGAAUGAAACUAAGAAAGACGUAAUAGCUGAAGAAGAUAUUGAUGCUUCAAAUGUUGAUGAUAAAGAAUUAAUCAAAGAUAUUGAUGAUUUGGUUGAGAUUUAUCAAGAUCAAGAUGAGGAAAAAACAAAUAAAUCUAAAAAGAAUCAAGGAUGUGGUCAUAAAAAGGAUAAGGAAUGGGCUAUUCAGAAGAUUACUCAUAAUACCAGACAGUCAACCAGAUCUAGUGUAGUUAUCGAUGAUAAUGAAGAAGAAUAA